AUGAAGGAAGAUGCACCCAUCACCGAAAUCAAGCAAAUCUCACAUACGCAACCAUCACAACAAAUACUACGCUCAGCUUCACCAUCCAGCGACGAUGAUGGCACCAACACCCCAUCCCCAACCAAGAACAACCCCCAGCCGCCCAAAGACGACACCGACGCAGAAAGCAUAGGCGGCCAACGCAAUACAAUGUCCCGCAAACGCAUGCUCCUCGCCUUCUCCGCCCUCUCCGUCUGCCUCUUCGUCUCCUUCAUCGACCAGACCAGCGUCUCGACCGCUGUGCCCGCCAUCGCAGAGGACCUCGACACGGGAACAGCCACCUCGUGGAUCGGAACGUCGUUUCUGAUUGCUUCGACGGCUUUUCAGCUCAUCAACGGGCGGCUGUCGGAUAUCUUUGGCCGCGUUCUCGGUGCCGUUCUAGCCCUCGCAAACGGCGUCGGUCCCUUUGUCGGCGGCGCAGUCGUCCAAGAAUCGACCUGGCGAUGGGUCUUCUGGAUGGUCCCCAUCAUCAGCGCCCCAGCCGCCGUCACGAUCCUCUUCUGCCUCCCAUUGAAGCACCGACCCGGAAACUACAGUGAAAAGGUCAAGAAAAUCGACUACGGCGGUAUCGCCCUCAACAUGGCCUCGACGCUGCUCCUCCUCAUCCCGCUGUCCGGAGGCGGCGUAACGUACCCUUGGUCCUCGCCGUUUGUCAUUGCCGGCGUCGUCGUAGGCGCCGUACUGGCGGCUCUGUUUGUGCUCUACGAGUGGAAACUGGCGAAGCUGCCCAUCAUGCCUUUGCGCCUGUACCAGGCGCCGCACUGCAGUGCGUUGUUUGGGCAGACGUUUCUUAUGGGCCAAGCGUACUUUGGUAACCUGUUUUACCUGCCGAUUUACUUCCAGUCUAUACUGAACUACGAACCCCUUGUCUCAGGAGCGCUUAUUCUUCCCGUCAUCAUCACAACUUCGGGGCUGUCUAUUCUGUCGGGGCAGUAUAUGCUGCGAGUGGGACGGUAUAUGCCCUGUAUCCUUGCAGGGUUCUUCCUCUGGACCCUUGGGAACGGUCUCACCAUCCUCUUUGACCGAGAUACGGGGCUAGAGAAACUGAUCCCAAUCCUCGUAGUCGUCGGCGCGGGGAUAGGCCUUACGCUGCAGCCUACGCUGGUGGGCAUGUACGCCAACUCGCGCGCCGAAGACCGCGCCGUCACGACGGGGUUGCGGAAUUUCAUCCGGACCAUCGGCGGCGCGUUCGGGCUUGUGGUGUCCGGGGUGAUUCUCUCCAACACGCUGCGGCGGGAUCUUCACGGGAAAGACUUUGUUUCCGAUGCGGUGAUUGCGGAGCUUACUUCGUCGACGUAUACCUUGGACCAAAAAGGGUUUUCAGACGCGGAGAAGGCGGUGAUUUUGGAGGCGUAUAUGAAGGGAUUGCAUUACAUUUUCGUGUAUUAUGUUAUUUGCUCUGGGUUAAGUCUGGUGUUGACGCUUGGAGUUGGCAAUACGGGGUUGAAGGCGAAGAAAGCGGCGCCGACUGAAGAGGCUUCGGAGGGUCCGAAGGCGGUAUCGGAGGAUGCUCCGAUGAGUGAUCAGGAGAAGGCGAGUGAGAAGGCGAGUGAGAACUAG